AUGUACGAUGCGACUUUUGGAGCUGAGGAGGAUGAAGAGGAAUUAUUUGAAGCUUUGGAAGAUGUGUUUUCAGAGCCGUCUACUCCUACUUUAGCAUCAUCCACCACUACUGCCGUGCCCCAUUUUCUGAGUGAAGAAGAAGCAAUUAUAAAGCUGGGAAACUUGACGACUCAGAUAGCAACAAAAUCCACAUUGUUGGUUCUUGAUGAUGUUUGGGAGGACUCAGUUGUUCGAAAAUUUGUCUUUGGAGCAGUAAAAUAUAAGAUCCUAGUUACUUCAAGAACUCAAUGUCAGGCCUUCGAUAAUAAAUAUUCCUUGAAAAUGCUCGACAAUGCAGAUACCAUAGCUCUCUUCCCUCACUCAGUAUUUCCUCAAAAUGGGAAUGUGAAGUAUGAGGAGCCUGAUAGGGAGCUUCAAAUGAAGAUAGUGAGAGGUUGCAAGGGAUUCCCAAUGGCACUUAAGGUGAUUGGCCACUCAUUGCAUCUGCAGCCUGCCAGGGUGUGGCAAAAAAAAGAGAGGAUGAUGUCAAGUUGCUCCAUUUUUAAGUCCCAUAGUGAUUUGCUGAGUUAUCUUGCAACCAGCUUAGAAUACUUGAAUGAGGAGGUUCAAGAAUGCUUUAUGGACUUGGGUUCCUUUCCUGAAGAUGAAAGAAUCCCUGCUUCAUCUCUUAUAGAUAUAUGGGUUGAACUUUAUGGAAUAGAUGAUUGCAAGUUAUAA